GGAGGAGGAGGAGGCGGCGGCGGAAUAGGCCGGGGCAGGUCGCGCUCGCUGCCUGCUCCCUUGAAGAGAGACGCGGGGGGAGGGGGGUGCGGCGAGCGGCUCCGCUCUCUCCCCAAGGCUCCGCUCGCGCCCCAGUGUAAUGAGGGUCACCCCCUCCCCCCAGCCGGCCCGGGAGGGGGCGCGGGGCACGAUUGAUGCUGGCCCAGGAUGGAUCAGACCUGUGAACUACCUAGAAGAAAUUGUCUGCUGCCCUUUUCCAAUCCAGUGAAUUUAGAUGCCCCUGAAGACAAGGACAGCCCUUUCGGUAAUGGUCAAUCCAAUUUUUCUGAGCCACUUAAUGGGUGUACUAUGCAGUUAUCGACUGCCAGUGGAACAUCCCAAAAUGCUUAUGGACAAGAUUCUCCAUCUUGUUACAUUCCACUGCGGAGACUACAGGAUUUGGCCUCCAUGAUCAAUGUAGAGUAUUUAAAUGGGUCUGCUGAUGGAUCAGAAUCCUUUCAAGACCCUGAAAAAAGUGAUUCAAGAGCUCAGUCGCCAAUUGUUUGCACUUCCUUGAGUCCUGGUGGUCCAACAGCACUUGCUAUGAAACAGGAACCCUCUUGUAAUAACUCCCCCGAACUCCAGGUAAAAGUAACAAAGACUAUCAAGAAUGGCUUUCUGCACUUUGAGAAUUUUACUUGUGUGGACGAUGCAGAUGUAGAUUCUGAAAUGGACCCAGAACAGCCAGUCACAGAGGAUGAGAGUAUAGAGGAGAUCUUUGAGGAAACUCAGACCAAUGCCAUCUGCAAUUAUGAGCCUAAAUCAGAGAAUGGUGUAGACGUGGCCAUGGGAAAUGAACAAGACAGCACACCAGAGAGUAGACAUGGUGCAGUCAAAUCGCCAUUCUUGCCAUUAGCUCCUCAAACUGAAACACAGAAAAAUAAGCAAAGAAAUGAAGUGGACGGCAGCAAUGAAAAAGCAGCCCUUCUCCCAGCCCCCUUUGCACUAGGAGAUACAAACGUUACCAUAGAAGAGCAAUUAAACUCAAUAAAUUUAUCUUUUCAGGAUGAUCCAGACUCCAGUACCAGUACAUUAGGAAACAUGCUAGAAUUACCUGGAACUUCAUCAUCAUCUACUUCACAGGAAUUGCCAUUUUGUCAACCCAAGAAAAAGUCUACGCCACUGAAGUAUGAAGUUGGAGAUCUCAUCUGGGCAAAAUUCAAGAGACGCCCAUGGUGGCCCUGCAGGAUUUGUUCUGAUCCGUUGAUUAACACACAUUCAAAAAUGAAAGUUUCAAACCGGAGGCCCUAUCGACAAUACUACGUGGAGGCUUUUGGGGACCCUUCAGAGAGAGCCUGGGUGGCUGGAAAAGCAAUCGUCAUGUUCGAAGGCAGACAUCAAUUUGAAGAGCUACCUGUUCUUAGGAGAAGAGGGAAGCAGAAAGAAAAAGGAUAUAGGCACAAGGUUCCUCAGAAAAUUUUGAGUAAAUGGGAAGCCAGUGUUGGUCUUGCUGAACAGUAUGAUGUUCCCAAAGGGUCGAAGAACCGAAGAUGUGUCAGCAGUUCAAUCAAGUUGGACAGUGAGGAGGAUAUGCCAUUUGAGGAUUGUACAAAUGAUCCUGAAUCAGAACAUGACCUAUUACUUAAUGGCUGCUUGAAAUCUCUGGCUUUUGACUCUGAACAUUCUGCAGAUGAAAAGGAAAAGCCUUGUGCUAAGUCUCGAGCCAGAAAGAGUUCUGAUAAUCCCAAAAGGACUAGUAUGAAAAAGGGCCACAUGCAAUUUGAAGCACAUAAGGAAGAACGAAGGGGAAAGAUUCCAGAGAACCUUGGCCUAAGCUUUAUUUCUGGGGAUGUAUCUGAUAAGCAGGCCUCUAAUGAACUUUCCAGGAUAGCAAACAGCCUCACAGGGUCCAACACUGCCCCAGGAAGUUUCCUAUUUUCUUCUUGUGGAAAAAACACAGCAAAGAAGGAAUUUGAGACUUCAAAUUGUGACUCUUUACUGGGCUUGUCUGAGGGUGCCUUGAUCUCUAAACAUUCUGAGGAAAAGAAGAAACUCCAACGAGGUUUGAUGUGUAGUUCAAAAGUACAGCUCUGUUAUAUUGGAGCAGGUGAUGAAGAAAAGCGAAGUGAUUCCAUUAGUAUCUGUACCACCUCUGAUGAUGGAAGCAGUGAUCUGGAUCCCAUAGAUCACAGUUCAGAGUCUGAUAACAGUGUCCUUGAAAUUACAGAUGCUUUUGAUAGAACAGAGAACAUGUUAUCUGUUCAGAAAAAUGAAAAGGUAAAGUAUACUAGGUAUCCUGCCACAAACACUAAGGUAAAAGCAAAGCAGAAGUCCCUCAUUACUAACUCACAUACAGACCACUUAAUGGAUUGUGCUAAGACAGCAGAGCCUGGAACUGAAACAUCUCAGGUUAAUCUCUCUGAUCUUAAAGUAUCUGCUGUUGUUCGCAAACCCCAGUCAGAUUUUAGAAAUGAUAGUUUCUCUCCAAAAUUCAACACACCAUCAAGCAUUUCCAGUGAGAACUCACUAAUAAAAGGUGGGGCUACAAAUCAAGCUCUGUUACAUGCAAAAAGCAAACAGCCCAAGAUCCGAAGUAUAAAGUGCAAACAUAAAGAAAAUCCCGUUGUAGUGGAACCUCCAGUUACAAAUGAGGACUGCAGUUUGAAAUGCUGCUCUUCUGAUACCAAAGGCUCUCCUUUGGCCAGCAUAUCCAAAAGUGGGAAAGUGGAUGGGCUAAAACUACUGAGCAACAUGCAUGAGAAAACCAGGGAUUCAAAUGACAUAGAAACAGCAGUGGUGAAACAUGUUCUGUCAGAGUUGAAGGAACUCUCUUAUAGAUCCUUAAGUGAAGAUGUGAGUGACUCGGGAACAUCAAAGCCGUCAAAACCAUUACUUUUUUCUUCUGCCUCUGGUCAGAAUCAUAUACCUAUUGAACCAGACUAUAAAUUCAGUACAUUGCUAAUGAUGUUGAAAGAUAUGCAUGAUAGUAAGACCAAGGAGCAACGGUUAAUGACUGCUCAAAAUUUGGUCUCGUAUCGGAGUCCUGGUCUUGGAGACUGUUCUUCGAGUAGUCCUGUAGGUGCAUCUAAGGUCUUGGUUUCAGGAAGUUCCACUCACAGUUCAGAAAAAAAUGGAGAUGGCACUCAGAAAUCAGUCCGUCCUAGCCCUAGUGGGGGUGACUCUGCACUGUCUGGAGAAUUAUCUGUACCUGUACCUGGCUUAGUGUCUGACCGAAGAGAUGUCCCUGCUUCUAGUAAAAGUCAUUCAGACUGUGUUACUAGGCGCAACUGUGGGCGUUCAAAACCAUCAUCUAAAUUGCGAGAUAGUUUUGCAGCCCAGAUGGGAAGGAACACAUUGAACCGUAAAGCCUUAAAGACAGAGCGCAAAAGAAAACUCAGCCGACUUCCAGCUGUGACUCUUGAGGCUGCCCUGCAGGGAGACAGAGCAAGUGGAGAUUCAGAGAAUGGUUCCUCAAGAGGUGGGCUAGAAGACUCUGGUAAAGAAGAACCCCUUCAGUUAAUGGGCCAUUUAACAAGUGAAGACAGUGCCCAUUUUCCCAGUGUUCAUUUUGAUAACAAAGUCAACCAGCCUGACCCUGAUAAAAUUCCAGAGAAAGGCCCCUCUUUUGAAAACAGAAAAGGCCCAGAGUUGGAUAAUGAAAUGAACAGUGAGAAUGAUGAACCCAAUGGUGUAAAUCAAGCGGUGCCUAAAAAGCGGUGGCAGCGUUUAAACCAAAGGCGCACUAAACCUCGUAAGCGCACUAACAGAUUUAGGGAGAAAGAAAACUCUGAGGGUGCCUUUGGGAUUUUGCUUCCAUCUGACCCUGUAAAGAAGGGGGAUGAGUUCCCAGAGCAUAGACCCCCUACUUCAACAAACAUAAUAGAAGAUACACUGGCUGAUCCAAAUCAUACCAGCUGCUUAGAUUCAAUUGGACCACGGUUGAAUGUUUGUGAUAAAUCCAGUGCCAGCGUUGAAGAGAUGGAAAAAGAGCCGGGAAUUCCCAGUUUGACACCCCAACCUGAGCUCCCUGAACCAGCUGUGCGGUCAGAGAAGAAACGCCUUAGGAAGCCAAGCAAGUGGCUUCUGGAAUAUACAGAAGAGUAUGAUCAGAUAUUUGCUCCUAAGAAAAAACAAAAGAAGGUACAGGAACAGGUGCACAAGGUAAGUUCCCGCUGUGAAGAGGAAAGCCUUUUAGCCCGAUGUCGAUCUAGUGCUCAGAACAAGCAGGUGGAUGAGAAUUCUUUGAUUUCAACCAAAGAAGAGCCUCCAGUUCUUGAAAGGGAGGCUCCAUUUUUGGAAGGGCCCUUGGCUCAGUCAGAACUUGGAGGUGGACAUGCUGAGUUACCACAGCUGACCUUGUCUGUGCCUGUGGCUCCCGAAGUGUCUCCACGGCCUAUCCUUGAGUCUGAGGAGUUACUAGUUAAAACACCAGGAAAUUAUGAAAGUAAACGUCAAAGAAAACCAACUAAGAAACUUCUUGAAUCCAAUGAUUUAGACCCGGGAUUUAUGCCCAAGAAAGGGGAUCUUGGUCUUUCUAAAAAGUGUUAUGAAGCUGGUCAUUUGGAGAAUGACAGUGAAUCACGUGCUGCAUCUAGGGAGUACGGUGGAGGCGCUGCCAAGAUAUUUGAUAAACCAAGAAAGCGAAAACGACAGAGGCAUGCUACAGCCAAGGUGCAUUGUAAAAAAAUGAAAAAUGACGACUCUUCAAAAGAAACUCCAGGCUCAGAGGGAGAACUGAUGACACACCGAACGGCUGCAAGCCCCAAGGAGACUGUUGAGGAGAGUGUAGAGAACGAUCAUGGGAUGCCGGCAUCUAAAAAGCUGCAGGGCGAACGAGGCGGAGGAGCUGCACUCAAGGAGAAUGUUUGUCAGAACUGUGAGAAACUGGGUGAGCUGCUGUUAUGUGAGGCUCAGUGCUGUGGGGCUUUCCACCUGGAGUGCCUUGGAUUAACUGAAAUGCCAAGAGGAAAAUUUAUCUGCAAUGAAUGUCGCACAGGAAUCCAUACCUGUUUUGUUUGUAAGCAGAGUGGGGAAGAUGUUAAAAGGUGCCUUUUGCCCUUGUGUGGAAAGUUUUAUCAUGAAGAGUGUGUCCAGAAGUAUCCACCCACUGUCAUGCAGAACAAGGGCUUCCGGUGCUCCCUCCACAUCUGUAUAACCUGCCAUGCUGCUAAUCCAGCCAGUGUUUCUGCAUCUAAAGGUCGCCUGAUGCGCUGUGUCCGCUGCCCUGUGGCAUACCAUGCCAAUGACUUUUGCCUGGCUGCUGGGUCCAAGAUUCUAGCAUCUAAUAGUAUCAUCUGCCCUAAUCACUUUACACCUAGGCGGGGCUGCCGAAACCAUGAGCAUGUUAAUGUUAGCUGGUGUUUUGUAUGCUCAGAAGGAGGCAGCCUUCUAUGCUGUGAUUCUUGCCCUGCUGCUUUUCAUCGUGAAUGCCUGAACAUUGAUAUCCCUGAAGGAAACUGGUAUUGCAAUGAUUGUAAGGCAGGCAAAAAGCCGCAUUACAGGGAAAUUGUUUGGGUAAAAGUUGGACGAUACAGGUGGUGGCCAGCUGAGAUCUGCCAUCCUCGAGCUGUACCUUCCAAUAUUGAUAAGAUGAGACAUGAUGUGGGCGAGUUCCCUGUGCUUUUCUUUGGAUCUAAUGACUAUCUGUGGACGCAUCAGGCCCGAGUCUUUCCCUAUAUGGAGGGGGAUGUGAGCAGCAAGGAUAAGAUGGGCAAAGGAGUAGAUGGGACAUAUAAAAAAGCUCUUCAGGAAGCUGCAGCAAGGUUUGAAGAGUUAAAGGCCCAAAAAGAGCUCAGACAGCUGCAGGAAGACCGAAAGAAUGACAAGAAACCUCCGCCUUACAAACAUAUAAAGGUGAACCGUCCUAUUGGCAGGGUACAGAUCUUCACUGCAGACUUGUCUGAAAUUCCCCGUUGCAACUGUAAAGCUACUGAUGAUAAUCCCUGUGGGAUAGACUCUGAGUGCAUCAAUCGCAUGCUACUAUAUGAGUGCCACCCCACAGUGUGUCCUGCUGGAGGACGCUGCCAAAACCAGUGUUUCACUAAGCGCCAGUAUCCAGAGGUUGAAAUUUUCCGCACAUUACAGAGGGGUUGGGGUCUUCGGACUAAAACAGAUAUUAAAAAGGGUGAAUUUGUGAAUGAGUAUGUGGGUGAGCUAAUAGAUGAAGAAGAGUGCAGAGCUCGAAUCCGUUAUGCCCAGGAACAUGAUAUCACUAAUUUCUAUAUGCUUACCCUAGACAAAGACCGGAUCAUUGAUGCUGGUCCCAAAGGAAACUAUGCUCGGUUUAUGAAUCAUUGCUGCCAGCCCAACUGUGAAACACAGAAAUGGUCUGUGAAUGGAGAUACCCGUGUUGGCCUUUUUGCCCUGAGUGAUAUUAAAGCAGGCACUGAACUUACCUUCAACUACAACCUAGAAUGUCUUGGGAAUGGAAAGACUGUUUGCAAAUGUGGAGCCCCAAACUGUAGCGGCUUUUUGGGUGUAAGGCCAAAGAAUCAGCCGAUUGCCACAGAAGAAAAGUCAAAGAAAUUCAAGAAGAAGCAACAGGGGAAGCGCAGGACCCAGGGUGAAAUCACAAAGGAGAGAGAGGAUGAGUGUUUCAGCUGUGGGGAUGCUGGCCAGCUCGUCUCCUGUAAGAAGCCAGGCUGCCCAAAAGUUUACCACGCUGACUGUCUAAAUCUAACCAAGCGACCAGCAGGGAAAUGGGAGUGUCCUUGGCAUCAGUGUGACAUCUGUGGGAAGGAAGCAGCCUCCUUCUGUGAGAUGUGUCCCAGCUCCUUUUGUAAACAGCAUCGGGAAGGGAUGCUCUUCAUCUCCAAACUGGAUGGGCGUUUGUCUUGUACUGAGCAUGACCCCUGUGGGCCCAACCCUUUGGAACCUGGGGAGAUCCGUGAGUAUGUGCCUCCCCCAGUACCGCUGCCUCCAGGCCCAGGCACUCACCUGGCAGAGCAUUCAUCAGGAGUGGCUGCUCAGGGGCCCAAGAUGUUGGAUAAGCUGCCUGCUGACACCAACCAGACACUGUCACUGUCCAAAAAAGCUCUGGCAGGAACUUGUCAGAGGCCACUGCUGCCUGAAAGACCUCCUGAUAGAACUGACUCCAGGCCCCAGCCUGUAGAUAGGGUCAGGGACCUUGCUGGGUCGGGGACCAAACCCCAAUCCUUGGUAUCCAGCCAGAAGCCAUUGGACAGGCCACCUGCAGUGGCAGGACCAAGACCCCAACUAUCUGACAAACCCUCUCCAGUGACCGGUAUAAGCUCCUCACCCUCAGUCAGGUCUCAAUCACUGGAAAGACCUCUGGGGACAGCUGACCCAAGGCUGGAUAAAUCCAUAGGUGCUGCCAGCCCAAGGCCCCAGUCACUGGAGAAAACCCCAGGCCCUCCUGGCCUGAGACUUCCACCGCCAGACAGACUGCUUGUCACCAGCAGUCCCAAACCCCAGACUUCAGACAGGCCCCCAGACAAAUCCCAUGCUUCUUUGUCCCAGAGACUCCCACCUCCUGACAAAGUACUUUCAGCUGUGGUCCAGACCCUGGUAGCUAAAGAAAAAGCACUGAGGCCCGUGGACCAGAAUACUCAGUCAAAAAAUAGAGCUGCUUUGGUGAUGGAUCUCAUAGACCUAACUCCUCACCAGAAAGAGCGGGCUGCUUCACCUCAUGAGGUCACACCACAGGUUGAUGAGAAGAUGCCAGUGUUGGAGUCAAGCUCAUGGACUGCCAGUAAAGGUCUGGGGCAGAUGCCACGAGCUGUAGAGAGAGGCAGUAUGUCAGAUCCUGUCCUUCAGCCACCAGGGAAAACAGCCGUCCCUUCGGAGCACCCCUGGCAAGCGGUUAAAUCACUCACCCAGGCCAGACUUCUCUCUCAGCCUUCUGCCAAGGCUUUUUUAUAUGAGCCAACAACUCAGGCCUCAGGAAGAGCACCUGCAGGGGUGGAGCAGAUACCAGGGCCUCCCAGCCAAGCACCAGGCCUGGUGAAGCAGGUGAAGCAAAUGACCGGAGGCCAGCAACUACCUGGACUUGCUGCCAAGAGUGGGCAGUCCUUCAGGCCUCUUGGGAAGGCCCCAUCCACCCUCUGUACUGAAGAGAAGAAGUUGGCAACUGCAGAGCAGAGUCCCUGGGCCCUGGGAAAGUCCUCACCAGGGCCAGCGCUCUGGCCCAUGGUGGCUGGACAGACAAUAUCGCCGUCUUGCUGGUCCUCUGGGAACACACAGACAUUGGCACAGACUUGCUGGUCUCUUGGAAGAGGGCAAGACCCUAAACCAGAGCAAAAUACACUUCCAGCUCUUAACCAGGCUCCUUCCAGUCACAAGUGUGCAGAGUCAGAACAGAAGUAAUAUGAGUAAAUGUCACAUGACCAGACCAGCUGUCCCCAGGGUUCUUGGGAAAGGGAAAUUAUCUCUCUUUUCCCCUCUUAAAAAACAGACCCUCAACACUUUUCCACUGUUCUUCUUUCCUUAUAUCCCAACACUCAGAACUCUUGUGACAUUAGCCAGUGGGGGCAUGUGGUUGUGUAAACCAUGUACGGAAAUCCAAGUGGGCCCUAGCCAAGGAGACAGACAGACUUCGGUCUUUUUCCUCCAAUCUUUACACAUGGUAACUUGAAAUAAAAAGUCCACUCUGGAGUCAAG